AUGGAAUCCGGGUGUGUUCAUGUGCGCGGCGAUGUGAUUGUGGAGAGUGGUGACGAGGAGCACGUGGGAAAGUUGGAGACGGUGAGGAGCAUUUUCGGAAGUCUCACUAUCGAUGGGACCAAUUUGACGAGCAUCGACUUUCUCGAUGAUUUGGAAUACGUGGCCGCGUUGGAAGCCGGCGAAGCAGCAAUAAAAGUCAAUGAUAAUGCGCAGUUGGUGAACGUUUCGUUUCCGAGUUUAAAAGUGAGUCACAGUCAAUUUUUGAAGGUCUCUGAGCAGAAGCCGUUUACAGAGAGUUCGUUCCGACAUUCCUUACUCGAUCCAAUUCAAUUCCAACAAUAAACAACUGCUGAUGGAUCCGAGUAUUUGCUUCGGAAUCCGAAAUGUGUUAAACUCCACGGAGAAUUGGGUUCCAACUAUUGACGGAGAAAGAUGCGGUACUCAAGCUCUUCAAAUCUAG